AUGCCAUGGUCAAUUCCUUAUCAGUUCCUCAAAUUUGUUAAUAUCGAAACAUCUUCGAUGAUAUCCAUACAAAGUUUACAUGAACAAGUAGAAUCAAGGGUGAAAUUGAAAGAUUUAUUUCGCUCACGAGAAUUUGCAGUAACUGAACUUGGAGCGGUAAUUGUAGAACCGUAUGUGCUUAAAGCAGGACCAUUUUUUGACAAUUCUGAUGUGGCACUUCUUCAUCAGAUGAAACAGCUUGUACAUGAUAAUAUCAAUCAGUUUGUUGGAAUAUGCUUUGAUAGACGAACUGAAUUCUAUACAGUUUGGAAUCAUUGCUUUCGUGGAACGCUAACUGAUUUAAUAUUUUUAAAUCCGAUCAUCAAUCGAGCAGAUAAGCUAAAGAGUGAUAAUAAAGAUGGUUCAACAUUUCCAGAAAAUUUUAAGCGAGCUUUUGUUCGUGAUAUUAUUCGAGGCCUAGAGUUUUUACAUGCCUCAACAAUUGGUUAUCAUGGUUCAUUGACUCCAUCACAAUGCCUCAUCGAUAGUCGUUGGAUUUUGAAACUUUCUGGAUUUGGUUUAUCAAAGUUACUCUAUAAAUGGAAUGUAAAAGGUUCUAUAGGUGCUAAAAACAGGAUGUGGUUAAUUCAAAAUUCAGAUUUACAUUAUUAUUCACCGGAAAUGCGUCGUUUACUCAAAAAUAUGAGUAAAGGUACGGCAACCUUUGACACUAAGCAAGCACAAGCUGCUGAUAUAUAUGCAUUUGGAAUUAUAUUGUAUGAAAUUGUUUUUCAUAAGAAAUUGAUCACACUCGAUAAUAAUCGUUGCGAAACUGAAAACGCAAAUGCAGAUAGUUUAAGCAUUUUUUGUGAAUCAAUUGAAUCGCUCAUUCCAUCUUAUCCAUCUAUUCCGGGAAAUAUCGAAGUGCAUCCGGAUUUGCUUAAAUUAAUGCACAAAUGCUGGUCCGGAAUGAUUGAUCAACGUCCGGAUGCAACGUUAGUACGAAAAAUCACGGAUGCUACAUUGAAAAUAUCAGGUAGUUUGGUCGAUCAGAUGAUUAAAAAUCUUGAAGAGUAUACGAACAAUUUGGAGCAGUUAGUGAAGGAACGAACGAGUCAAUUGGAAAAAACGCAACAGCAUGCUGAACGUUUACUUCUUGAAUUGUUACCUAAAUCGGUAGCUGAUGAAUUAAAAAUAAGCCGUCGGGUUGAUCCAAAAAAUUAUAAGUCAGCAACAGUAAUGUACUCAGAUAUUGUUGGUUUCACGUCACUUUGCAGUGAUAGUUCACCGAUGGAGGUUGUUACAUUGUUAAGCGGUGUUUUUCAAAAAUUUGAUAUGAUUAUUUCGAAACAUCAAUGCUAUAAGGUUGAAACAAUUGGUGAUGCAUAUAUGGUAGCAUCUGGAGUUCCAACAAUUAAUCGACAUGAUCAUGUUCGAGAUAUUGCUUCCGUUGCAAUUAUGAUGAGAGAUUUCUUAUUCGAAUACACAAUACCGCAUAGGCCAGGACAGAAAUUACACUGCCGUUGGGGUUUCAGUACAGGGCCUGUAUUUGCUGGAGUUGUUGGUUUGAAUGCACCGAGAUAUUGUAUUUUUGGCCAAACGGUAACAUUGGCAGCAAAAAUGGAAAAUACCAGUUUAUCGGAUAAAAUUCAAAUUACGCUGCAAAGUUAUCAGCUAUUGACAGCUCGAUAUCCUGAGUUUAAAUGCUCACCGCGAGGAGGAGUUCGAAUUGAUGGAAUCGGUACAUUGCUCACUUAUUGGUUGGAUAACCGUGAAGAGUUAUUAGCAUCAAAUGGCUCAGUGAUUGGUAGUGAUCGUUAA